CUCUGGCCCUAAAUGUAUUUGCAAAAUGGUCUUAUGAUAGCACCAGGUAGCUCCUGUGUUGAUGAUAUGGAUGAUCAUCCUCAAUUUGGCACUAUGGCAUCAAAUGAACAAUCCACAAGUGUUGCAGUUCCUAUAUUUCUAUCCCUUCUUUUAUUUGGUGCUGUUGCAGGAAGCAUUUUUUAUCUUUAUAAAGAAAAAACAAGAAAAUCGUGGAUCGAUAUUUAGAGGCAUACGUUUUAUAACUCCCGCUUAUGGGCAACAAGGCAAAUUAGGGGAACGAUCACCAGCCAUGAUACAAGUUUUAAGAACUUACAACCAGGAAAGUUGUCUGGUUUUCAAGAUAAUCAAGAACCUAAAUUUAAGCACACAUAUCCUGAUCUAA